GCCCGUUCACGCCACUAAAGCGGGGGAGGGAAGGCAGAAAACCCUCCCCUCGGAGGAGCAGCCCUUCCCUGCCAGGCUUUUCCCCUAGAAAGGCGCUUUCCCGGCCGGCGGAGCUAGUUUCGUUUCCCGCUGGCUCCGCCACCGCCCGCCCCUCUCCGCGCUGCCGCCGGUCCCGGCUCUCGGCGGCGAUGCUGCGGCGGUGCCCCCCGGGGCCGCCGGGCCCCCAGCCCCUCCGCCGCGCCCUGCCGCCCGCCGCCUCCGCCGUCCGCGACCGCCUGCGGGAGUGCGCGGCGCGGAUCCCGGAGGCUGGAGCGGUACUCGACCUGCUGGAGAAAUGUCCUGAGCACCAGAAGAAGGGACGUUUUCCCGUCGUAGUUUUUGAGGGGCUGGAUGCCACAGGCAAAACCACUGUAACCGAGUCUGUUAAGGACACCCUGAAUGGCGUUCUGCUAAGAUCUCCACCAGCUUGCAUCAGCCAGUGGAGGACAAUAUUUGAUGAUGAGCCAGCACCCAUUAAAAGAGCAUUUUAUGCUGCAGGCAACUACAUUCUUGCUUCAGAAAUAGCAGAAGCAUCCACUCAGGCACCUGUGAUCAUAGACAGAUACUGGCACAGCACAGCUGCCUACACAAUUGCCACUGAAAUAAAUGGGAAAGUCCAGGAUCUUCCACCAGUUCAUGAUGAGGUGUACCAGUGGCCUGAGGAUCUGCUUAAACCUGAUCUUGUUCUUCUCCUGACUGUUGACCCCGAGGAGCGAGCCCACAGGCUUCAGCGUCGGGGGCUGGAGAAAACAAAGGAGGAAGCUGAGCUGGAAGCUAACUGCUUGUUUCGCCAAAGAGUUGAAGAGUCAUACAGAAGGAUGGUAAAUCCUGCAUGCCAAGAGGUCGAUGCCAGCCCCUCCAAGGAAGUGGUUCUUGAGACAGUGCUACAACUAAUUAAGAAACACUGUGCUUUGUGAAAACAACUUCUGUGCAACAGCACUUCAAAGAUACUUUUUAGUGCUCCUCUGGUUUUGGUACCUGAAAAUGCACUGUGAUGUGUUUCAUCCCACAGAAGAAUCUUCCCUUUCUUCUGUCGACAGUAAUCUAUGCAGAUUAUCCGUUUCACCAUUGCCUGCUGUACUUUUCUGUGUAAGGCAAAAUACUACUCACAUGUUAUUCAGCAUUCUUAGGAAAGCCACUGUCCUGGUUUUGGCUAGGAUGCAGUUAUUUUUCUUCCUAGUAAGGGUAUAGUGCUGUGUUUUGGAUUUAGUGUGAGAAUAAUGUUGAUAACACACUAAUAUUUAGUUGCUGCUAAGCAGUGUUUACAAUUAGGUCAAGGACGUUUCAGCUUCCCCGGCCCUGCCAGCGAGGAUGUGUGAGCCUUCCGCAGGAGGUGCACAAGAAGCUGGGAGGGGGCACAGCCAGGACAGCUGACCCAAACUGGCCAAAGGGAUAUUCCAUAUGAUACGGCAUCAUACUCAGUAUAUAAACUGGGGGGGAAUUUGACCUGGGUGUGAUCACUGCUUGGGGAGAGGCUGGGCAUCGGCUGGUGGGUGGUGAGCAGUUGCACUGUGCAUCACUCAUUUCAUAUGUUCUAUUAUUAGUAGUAGCAUUUUCUUUUCCUUUGCUAUCCUAUUAAACUGUUAUGUCAACCCACA